AAGAGCAGAUCCUCGCGGGGCUUGAGGAAACCUUGUUAGAGUCCGAGGAGCGAGUGGAGCGGACCGAGCUGGAGAUCUGCCGCCAGAGGAGGCUGCUCGAUGCCGUGAUGCAGCCCGAAGUCCGGCUGCACAGAGCAGUGUGUCCUGCAGACAUCCAGCAACUGAUGGUGAUUAAAGAAGAGGAUCCCUCUGAGGAGCAGCUGUGGAGCCCCCUUGUGGACCAGGAGGGCCCAGAGCCCCCCCACAUUAAAGAGGAACAGGAGGAUCCGUGGACCAAUCAGGUUGGACAGCAGCUUCAAGGACUGGAGGAGCCUGAUAUCAAGUUCACAUUGACUCCUGUCGCUGUGAAGAGUGAAGAAGAUGAAGAGAAACUUAAAUUGUCAAAGCUUCAACCGAGUGAGACGAAGGAGAAGAGAACGGACUGUGGAGGACCAGAACCAGCCAGGAACUCAGGACCUGGUGGACGUUUACAACCACGUCCUGAGGACAAGACUGACUCUUCUGAGACUGAAGUCUCUUCUGAGACUGAAGUCAGUGAGGAUGAUUGGAUGGAGACCAGGGAACCUCAGACUGGUUUAAAUACAAGAAAUAACAAACAUUCUCUAAAUGUUAUGGGAUGUAAGACAGAAAAAAAACAGUUUAGCUGCUCUGAGUGUGGUAAAAGAUUUAACCAUAGAUUUCUUCUAAAUAGACAUAUGAGGAUUCAUACAGGAGAGAAACCGUUUAGUUGCCCUGAGUGUGAUAAAAGAUUUAACGUUAGGGGCAAUUUAAAUACACAUAUGAGGAAACAUACAGGAGAGAAACCAUUUAGUUGCUCUGAGUGUGGUAAAAGAUUUACCGAAAGGGGCAGUCUAAAAAGACAUAUGAGGAAUCAUACAGGAGACGAACCAUUUAGUUGCCCUGAGUGUGAUAAAAGAUUUAGCGAUAGGGGCAAUUUAAAUACACAUAUGAGGAAACAUACAGGAGAGAAACCAUUUAGUUGCUCUGAUUGUGGUAAAAGAUUUACCGAAAGGGGCAGUCUAAAUAAACAUAUGAGGAGUCAUACAGAAGAGAAACCGUUUAGUUGCCCUGAGUGUGGCAAAAGAUUUACAGAGAGGGGCAAUCUAAAUACACAUAUGAGGAGUCAUACAGGAGAGAAACCGUUUAGUUGCACUGAGUGUGAUAAAAGAUUUACCAAAAGAUCAAAUCUAAAUACACAUAUGAGGAUUCAUACAGGAGAGAAACCGUUUAGGUGCGCUGAGUGUGGUAAAAGAUUUAACAAAAGAUCAAAUCUAAAUAAACAUAUGAUGACUCAUACAGGAGAGAAACCGUUUAGUUGCUCUGAGUGUGGUAAAAAAUUUACCGAAAGGGGCAAUCUAAAUGCACAUAUGAAUAUUCAUACAGGUGAGAAAGCGUGCAGUUGCUCUGAGUGUGGUAAAAGAUUUAACCAAAGGGGCCAUCUAAAUAUACAUAUGAGGAUUCAUACUGGUGAGAAAGCGUGCAGUUGCUCUGAGUGUGGUAAAAGAUUUAACCAAAGGGGCAAUCUUAAUUCACAUAUGAGGAUUCAUACAGAUGAGAAACAGUUCAGUUGCUCUGAGUGUGGUAAAAGAUUUAAGCGAAGGAGCGAUCUAAAUAGACAUGUGAGGAUUCAUACAAGCGAGAAACAGUUUAGUUCCUCUGAGUGUGGUUAAAGAGUUAAAGGAGACAUAUUAUGCCCAUUUUACCAUUUUUGAUAUGGUUCAUUUGGGUCUUAAUGAAAUGUCUGUAACAUAUUUUGGUCAAAAUACCACAAGGAUCAUUUAAACAGCACCCUUUUUACCCUGUCUAAAACAGCCUUCAGAUUGACCUGUUUUGAGUGCCCCGCCCCCCUCUCACCCCUCCUCCCUCCUUCACGAGAUACAAGCGCCCAGAUUUUUAGCUAUCCAUUACCUCUGUAGAAAUAUGGCUACUGGAGACGACGAUACAAUCUUGCAACCUUUUGAACCAGAGUCAGGUGGACCGAAGCCUGACUCCGGGGAGAGCCGAGCCCUUUAGCGUGACUAUGACGUGUGUUCUGGUCGUAAUCCCAUUCAACGCCAGCUAGCGUAUCGUUUUUGACAUAGAGGAACCACAACAAAUCGCCGAAGUUGUUUUUUUUCCAGAGGUUUUGGGACGGUAGACAUGCUAGAGAGCCAAAUUAACGUGUAGAAGCACUACAAAAGUGGAAUUUUCAUAAUAUGACCCCUUUAAGAUUCAGUCCUAUUGUACGAAACGUGAGGAUUAAUAAAGGAGAGAAGUGUUUCAGUUGCAACCUUUUCUACAAAAGAUUUAUUAGGAUAUAUCAGCAGAUAUUCAUAUUAAACAUAUUCAUAGUUCACUGUUUUAAGUAGACUAUUAACAGUUUUAUGUCCCUAGAAAAUAUAACUCAUUG